GCACCGGCACCGGCAGUCAACCAGACUACCAUCGUACCACAUGCACACAUUCAUAGUCGCUUUUCGAACACAGGAUGUGCUCCGUUGCAAUCGUUAUUUUCGGUAGUUAAGAAAAGCAACUCUUCUUAUUUUGGUUCCGCGGUGACGGCGUCGUUCUUUGUUUAGUGCUAAAAUGGACCGAAGCUAAUCGCGUCAGUGUUGACACUUGGAUAAUUACAUUAUUUCAGAGGAGCCAUGGAAUAACCACAAAAAGCUCGAAAAAUGGCUCCCAUCAUCAGACACUUUUUCCUGAUUUGGCUCGUCAGCGCGGCGAACGCCUCCGCUAUUCCCGAUGAUCUCCUGGAUGAAUACGUCAGACACGUAGACAGCGUAAAUAGGAUAAGUGAAAAACCAAAUAAAUUAGACCAAAGAUCAGCACCCAGACGGAUUCGACGCGACGUUCCAAACCAGUGGACCCAUUCGGAAGCCUUGGAUAACGAGGGAGACGUGGUAUUGAGAUGGCAGCCGAGGCACCGGGAGAUCCUGUUUAGGGUCGAGGCCAGGACGAAGGGAUACGUCGCGGUGGGGUUCAGUCCUGACGGGGGGAAGGAGCACGCGGAUAUUGUUAUGGGAUGGGUGGACGACCAUUCGCUGAGGGCGUACCUUCUGGAUUGCCAUGGGGUGCCCGACAGCCAAGGAAGUGUUCCCAUUAAGGAUGAAAUCGACAAUUAUACGCUUAUGAGGGGCAGCCAGAACGACACCCACACUGUUAUCGAGUUUCGGAGGGUUUUGGACACGUGUGAUCCCAACGACUACGUUCUAACUGGAGAUACUGUGGUGGUAAUUUGGGCCUACCACGAUAAUGACCCGCAGUUAGGGGCUGAGAUGAUUUAUCACGGGGAUAAGCGAGGAGCCCAGAGUCUACAUUUACUUGGUCCACCUCCAGUACCCAAGGCUGCAAGCGUAAAUGUGAGAAACUGGGAUGUUACGUUGAAAAAUCUGGAAACCAUCAGCAACAUGAACACCAUGUACUGGUGCAAAAUCUUCAAAGCGCCAACCCUCCAGCACAAGCACCACAUCAUCGGCUACGAGCCCCUGUUGGGCAAGAACCACUCGGAUCUCGUCCACCACAUGAUCCUCCACGAGUGCGAACUCAACGACAAGGAGGACUACUCCACGUGGGAUCACUACUCCAAGCAAGAUGGCGUGCUGUGUUAUGGGGCGAAUAUGCCUCCAGAGUGGGAGAAGUGUCUGACUCCGUUGGUGGCGUGGGCUAUUGGGUCCAAGGGGGAAAAUCUUCCUCCGCAUGUUGGGCUGCCGCUAGCGCAUAGGAAGAAGGCGUUUUAUAUGCUGGAAGUGCACUUCGAUAAUCCUUCGAUGAAGCAAGUGCGUGAUUCUUCUGGUCUGAGGUUGCACUAUACUAGUGAAUUGAGGGACAAUGAAGGGGGGAUUCUUCCGACGGGGAUUGCUUUGUCGAGUUUGCAUUUUAUUCCUCCGUAUCAGAAGGAGUAUAAGACUGCUGGGUACUGUACCACGGAUUGUACCAAAGCCACGUUUCCCAAAGAUGGGAUUCAUGUGGUGUCGGUAAUGUUGCAUUCGCAUUUGGCUGGGAGGAAGUUGAAGUUGAGGCAUGUUCGUGGGGGGAAGGAGCUGCCGCCAUUGGCGCAGGAUGAUCACUACGACUUUAACUACCAACAGUCUCGAGCUUUAUCACAAGACGUCAUAAUCUUGCCAGGAGAUGCAUUAGUAACAGAAUGUACCUACUCGACCCUCAGACGUAACAAACCCACUCUAGGCGGAUAUUCCACGAAAGAAGAAAUGUGUUUAGCAUUCAUUUUACACUAUCCACGCACCGAACUCGCCGGGUGUUACUCCAUGUCACCCAUAAAAUACUUCUUCGAGACUUUAGGAGUCAAGAAGUUCUACGGAAAAAGUAUGGCUCAAAUCGAGGAUAUUUUCUUGCAUGGAGACAGCACGGAAGUCCACCCCGUCUCCCCAUCCACCCCCACCAAGCCCCUCUUCCCCUACAAACCCGGCGACGAGAUGUCUCCCGAAGCCAACCGACGGGCCAUCAUAGCCCUCCAAAAUGCCAAAGAUUAUACCAUUGAAGGUGAAAGUCACGCCGGACAAACCAUGUUCGACAAACUCGUAAUCGAAGAUCCCGAGGAGUUCCGGAAUAAGACUUUCAUGGACCAUCUACAAGACAUACCCUACAACGAAACCCUCAUUACCAAGAAAAUGGAGGAGUAUUUUUACACGGGUUUGCAUCUGACGUUCUGCAGGAAGCGGGACGACUCCCUCGCUAUUAAAGAGAGUAUCGUCCAAUUCCCGAACUUUACUGUUUAUUCGGACGAUAAUCAAGUUCAGUGCAGUUUCAAGCUGAAACGGUCGCCCUCGUCCUCAGUUUCGAUCAAAUCGAAUUUCGCCACAGUGAUAUUAACGUGUGUGCUUGUUUUUAAGUCAUGUCUUUGAGUGGUUGCCUCAACAACGAUGUAAAUAAAGGGCAUCUGUGUACAUAUCAAUAUUCACCAAAUAUUUAUGUUAGAGUGUAAGUUAAGUUCAAUAAUGCUGUGAGUUGAAAUAAGUCAUGACGCGGAUACAUGUA